AUGUUAUCUCUUCUUUUGUUCCUUUUUAACUAUUCUGCAUUUGCUUGAUCAAUUGUCUCUUUGCAGUAAGAGCCUUGUGAAAAGUACGAAACCAUGGCUGCAGCCUUGAUAGGAGGAUCCUUUCUCUCUGCUUUUCUUCAACUUUUGUUCGAUCGGAUGGCGUCUCCUGAAGUAGUCGACUUCUUCAAGGGUCAAAAACUCGAUGAUAGGUUGCUCAAGAAGUUGAAUAUUACAUUAAACUCUAUUGUGGGCGUGCUUGAUGAUGCAGAGGAGAAGCAGAUCACUAAGCCAGCCGUGAAAAACUGGCUCACCGAUCUCAAAGAUGCUGCCUAUGAAGCCGAUGACUUGUUGGAUGAGAUUGCUUCUGGAGCUCUACAAUCGAAGCAUGAAGUUGUAUCUCCAAGGAAAAAGGUGCGCAAUUUCUUCUCUUCUCGUAACCCGUUUAAAAAGGGAGUGGUAACUCAGUUAGAAGAAAUUCUGGAGAGACUUGAAUACUUGGUAAAACAAAAGGAUGCCUUUGGUCUCAGAGAGGGUAUUGGAGAAAAACCAUCAUAUAAGAUUCCAACAACUUCUUUGGUAGAUGAGUCUGGUACUUAUGGUAGGGAUGAUGACAAAGAAGCCAUAGUGAAGUUGCUGCUAUCAGAUGAUGGAAAUGGGAACAGCACGGGUGUGAUUCCCAUAGUGGGUAUGGGUGGGUUAGGUAAAACUACCCUUGCUCAGCUUGUCUACAGUGAUGAGAGAGUAGCAGAAUGUUUUCAACUUAAAUCAUGGGUCUGUGUUUCAGAAGAAUUCGAUGUUUCCAAAGUAACAAAAGAUAUUCUUGAGGGGGUCACGCGAAAGAAAUGCGACACCCAUAUUCUAAAUCAGCUUCAACUUGAGCUAGAGGAGGUGUUGAUGAACAAGAAGUUUUUGCUCAUUUUAGAUGAUGUGUGGAAUGAUAACUACGCUGAUUGGGAUAUUCUACGAAUGCCAUUGAAAUCUGGUGCAAAAGGAAGCAAAAUUAUUGUUACAACACGCAAUGAAAGCGUAGCACUAGUUAUGCGCACUGUUCCAACUCAUCAUUUAAAGGAAUUAAAUGCAGAUCACUGCUGGUCAUUGUUUGCAAAACAUGCAUUUGAUGAUGGAAAUCCUAAUGCACUUCACGACUUAGAAGCAAUUGGCAGGGAGAUAGUGAGAAAGUGCAAAGGAUUACCUUUAGCUGCAAAAACAAUGGGGGGCCUCCUACGGUCGAAAACUGAUGUUGAGGAAUGGGAGAAGGUUUUGAACAGCAAAUUGUGGAAUUUGACGAGUGACAACAUUUUCCCAGCUUUAAGAUUAAGCUAUCAUUAUCUCCCAUCGCACCUGAAGCAAUGUUUUGCUUACUGUGCAAUGUUUCCCAAGGAUUAUAACUUCAAAAAGCAGGAAUUAGUCUUUUUGUGGAUGGCAGAGGGUCUUCUAGUUCAAUCUCAAGGAAACAAGGAGUUGGAGGAAGUAGGUGAAGAAUACUUCAAUAUCCUGGUAUCAAGAACGCUGUUUCAGCUAUCAACUGGUAAUCAAUCAGGCUUUGUUAUGCAUGACCUUAUACAUGACCUAGCAAUACUUGUAUCUGGAGAAUUUUCCUUCAGAUUGGAGGCUGAUAAUUCAUACAAAAUUGCUAGGAUAGUUCGUCAUUUAUCGUAUACAAGAACAAAACAUGAUGCUGCUGAUAAAUUUGAGGCAAUCUACGAAGCCAAGUUCUUGCGCACCUUAUUCCCUGUGGAAUUAUCACGGUUGCCUCCUCAUAAAUGUAUUGAUAAUGAGGUAAUGCAAAAUUUAUUAUUGACAUUUGGACGCUUGCGAGUGUUGUCUUUAUCCCAAUAUGAUAACAUAAUUGAAUUGCCUAACUCUAUUGGCAACUUGAGACAUUUGCGUUAUCUAGAUCUUUCCUCAACAUCCAUAGAAAGGCUACCCGAAGUUGUCAGUAGUCUGUACAAUUUGCAAACGUUAAUCUUGCAUGAAUGCAAAUACCUUGCUGUUUUACCGGAUUCAAUUGGCAAUUUGAGCAAUGUUCGUUAUCUGAAUCUCUUUCGAACAUCAAUCAGAAGGUUACCAGAGUCUAUGGUUGGUUUAUGUAAUUUGCGGACUUUAAUAUUGCAAGGGUGCAGAAACCUCGUUCAAUUGCCAACCAAUAUGGGGAGGUUGAUUUGCUUGAAUCAUCUUGAUAUUGGAGAAACAAAAUUGCAAGAGAUGCCCCUAAAAAUGGGAAGGUUAACAAAGCUUCAAACGUUGACUGAUUUCGUAUUGGGGAAGCAAAGUGGGUCUAACAUCAAAGAGUUGGGGGAGCUUCAGGACCUACAGGGACAAAUGUGCAUUAGGAAUCUGCAGAAUAUUGUUGAUAUUCAAGAUGCUUUAGAAGCAAAUUUGAAGGCGAAGAGGCACCUCAAGGUGUUGACAUUCAGAUGGAAUGGUGAAACAGAGAAUCCAGAGCACGACAGAGAAGUGCUUGAGCAAUUACACCCUCAGAUCAACUUGGAAUGUCUUUACAUUUUCGGUUAUGGGGGCACAGAAUUUCCAAGUUGGGUGGGGUUCUCCUCUUUCUCAAAUAUUGUCUGCAUAGAGCUCAAUGGAUGCAGAAACUGUACCUCCAUACCUCCACUCGGCCAGUUAGCUUCUCUUAAACAACUGUCAAUCAUAGACUUUCCAAGGUUGGUGGUCAUUGGGCCAGAGUUUUAUGGAAGUUGCUUGUCCAUGCAGAAGCCAUUUGGAUCCCUGGAAAUUUUGAGUUUUGAAAGGAUGCUACAAUGGCAUGAAUUGGUUUCUUUUAAAGGUGGAGCUUUCCCUCUUCUUCAAGAGCUUUAUGUACGAGAAUGUCCCAAUCUAAGAAAGGUGGUGCUGUCUGAUCACCUUCCAUCUCUAACAACACUUAAGGUUGUAGGAUGUCAGAAAUUACUUGUUGCAUCACUUCCAAGUGCCCCAAGAAUUAAUGAAAUGAGGUUAUAUGACGAUUCUCGUGAUUGGUUGGUAGAAAAAUUGUCUUCUGGCAUGCAUCGACUCACUAUAGGCACCUUCCAGUCCUUAGAUACGCUAUAUUCAAUAUUAGAAGUUAUAACCGAAAUGGAGAUCGAAAUCAGAAUAGGAUGGAUGAUGAAAGCUGGUUCUCUGCAGCUAAAAAGGUUACCUUCUGGGCUACAUCGACUCACUGUUCGAGGAUUCCAGUCCAUCGAUGCACUAAAUUUACUAAUGGAGCAAGUGGUUACUUUGUCUGUUACUGUAGAUGAAAUUGAAAUUGAAGAGUGUGAUGCUCUCAGGUUUUUACGAUUAAACAGUUCCUAUCAAUGGACGUCCAAGAUUCGAUACCCUUAUCUCACUUGAGAGUCUUGUCGUAAGGAUUGAACUUUAUCGCCAGUCCUGCUUGAGAGGGCUGUUCUGUCCCUGGCUUAGGGGAUGGCCCAAGAUUUCUUGGCAUCCAUAUACUAAGGUAAAAUUAACAGUUUCUUUAUUAGUCUAGUUAAAUCAUUAAAAUCAUAGCUCAAGCACGUAGUGAAAAUUAUUAAUUUGUAGAAGUUAUGAAAUGGAGCCAAGUAUCUCUUCUAAUUUGUAGAUGCAUCUUUUGCCUCUUCUCUCUGAUUUUCAUAUGGAAUUGCAUUCUAUUUCCUUGAAAUCGCUUAUUAUAUGUCUGAUGAGGGAAAAGAAAGAACGAUAUAUGCAUACUUCAUGAACAAGUUCACUUGGCAAACACCUUGGAUUUUAUU